CUACUCAUGCAUUCAAGUCUUCAGGUAGCAUUUUCUUGACCCAACCUUUUCAUGGAAAAUUGAAACAAAGUAAAUGUUUGAGUAACAAUUUGAAAUAAAUUGACUGUAACAAUCUGAAAUAAGUUUUUCGAAUAUUUUAAUAAAGUAUAAUACAAGUUUUCAUAACAACAUGGAUGAAGCAAGCUCUAAAAACGUAUUGCUAAAAUUACAAUGUAAAUAUAAUGAUCAAAUUUGUUCUGUAGAUAAUAUGAAAGAUGAUAAUGAACAUGACUGGUGGGCAAGUGACAGUGGUUCAAGUACUGGAUCAUAUUAUUCAGAUACAGAUAGCUCUACAGCGGAAUGGGAAUCAGAAAUCAGUCCUACAGGAGAAUUAUUUUACAUAGAAUCUGUAACAGAAAGCAUAACUGAUGAUCAAUGUUCAUUUAACGAAACACAACAUAAUUCUCAACCAGAGCUAACAAGACGUCGUAGUACAAGAGCUGGAAAACUAAUGAGACUCAUUAGACGCAAGGAGAGUAAGCGUUGGAGUACAAGAAAUAGAAAAAGUAAUCCUAAUACUGUAUCAAACAAUAUAGUAAAUGCAGGAAAAGAAGGGAAUACAAUUAAAGAAGUAACAUUCAGGGAUUUUCAAGCUGGUGAGAUUCGAGAAGUUACAUUAUGGGUUGACCCAGAUAGAAGACAUAAAUUAGGGAGAAGAGCUACAUUAUGUGAAGCAUAUUUUGGAAUCACUGCAGGAAUGUUUUCAGAUAAAACACGAGUUAUGGUUGCUGGAUUUAUUCCAGAUGGUGAAGCAAUGAAAAAUAAAAAUAUUAAAAUUGGAGAUUGGCUGCGAAGUAUAAAUUCAAAUGAAGUUACAUAUCAAAAUUUAGAUCACAUAUUGUCUGAGAUAACUGUUUCAACAAAUGUAACAUUAGAAUUACAAAGAGUUGCAGGUAUUGAUGUUACAGCAAAAUUACCUGGAUUAAAUUGUCCUAAGCAAUCUGUGCUAGUCCAGAGAUUAAUGAAUAAGGAAGAAAGUAAAGAUCUAAUGCAGUCAAUAUUAAAUUAUCCACUUGGUGUACUAUAUCUCAGAAUCACAGAGCUUUCAGAAAUGGGAUCAGAAUUACAAGGCGUUCUUUAUACGCUUCCUCGAUCAGAAAAUAAAAAUACCCAUUCUAUUCUGUGCACAGCAAGAGGAGCUUUUAUAACUCUUAAUCAUUUACUACCAGGGAUAGCAGGUUUACAACCUACUAGUACUACUAUACAGGUAGCAGAAGAGGAAAUUCAUAUUGUGUAUACGUCUCGCGAUGAAGAGUUACUCUUAAUAGCAUUACCAAAAAAAUGUUGUAGUCUUGAAGAAGCAGUUAACUUAUCAGCUGAUAUAGUUAGAACUCUAGAGUUUACAUAUGAGUCAUUAACAAAAUGUUUUACACCUCAAGAAAAUCAUGCUGCCUUGGAUCAUUUUUUCAUUUUAAUUAUUCAACAAUUACUAGAUAUAAAAGGUUACACAAACAACGUAGGAUUAACUAAUCAUUGUAUGGAAAUUCAUAAUGAUAUUGAAAGUAUGGAAAAUUACAAAUUCAGGAGCACUUUUUCAGUUGCAAAUUUCAUAGAGUUAUCAAGAGAUGCACAAAUUCAAAUUGAUGCUGCUUUAAGUGAAAUGGAAGCAAUGGAUUACAGAGAUUGGAAUGAAGAUCCUAUGGACUGUCAGAGGCUGUAUACAAUUCUAGGUAGCUGUAUCUAUCACAAACAUUAUCUUCUUGGAUCUCACUUGACUCAUGACGAUCUGAUUGAAGUAAACUCUUAUCUCCGACAAAAUUGUCUUUUUAAUUUGAUAGUUAAUGAACCCGUAAAAAGCCUUGUUAUUUGGAAGAAAGUCUAUCCUUCUUUGUAUAAAUGUACAAAUGUAGAAAAUAGAAGCACUCAGCCGUUGGUUCCCAAUGGAAAGUGGUUCUUACUUGUUGUUGGAUAUGGAUAUGAUUUAUUAGCUGUCCUCUUAGAAUCUGGUGGAUGUACUACAAAAUGUAGCGAAACUACCGGGCCAGAUAUAUUUUACGUGGAAGAAGCUCAAGAAACUCUAAAGCAUAUACAAAAAAUAGGAGUAACAACUUUGGCAGCUAAAUGGAUUGCAUCCAAUACAAGACCAGAAGUAAUACCUUACGAAGAUUAUGUAUCCGUAAAACCACCAUCCAGCAUCACAGAAAACUUCCUGGGUCUUAUAAAAUCAAACGAUAUACAAAGUCCUUCUACCAAAUCAUCUCAUACUACAAUUACCAACAGAAGAUCUCAAGAAAUACCUUCUAUUUUAAAGAAGCGUAAUACAGAAGAGAGUCCUAUGGUCUUAGGAUCUGUAUAUUCUUUACAUACAUCAGAAGAUUCGUUAAGUCAAGGAACAGGCGGAAUUAGUGAAAUAAGUGACGAAACAAUGCCUAUAUUAGGAAGACGCGCAACAAGAGAAAAGAUUGCUAGUGGAUCAAGAUAUUCAGAUGACAGUGACUCUGAUAUCGAUAUGUACAAGAGCAACUGUAGGAUGUUAAGCAUGGAUAUAUCUAACAUACGAGAAAAUCUAUUAAAUCAAGCUGAAUAUUUGACACCAAAAAUAUUGACAACAGGCAAUAAAAAUUAUUUAUAUCACUAUGUGCAAUUAGAUAUGGUUGAAGGAAUUCUUUUAUCUUCAAAGCCACUAGAAAAUUCAGCAAAGGAUCAUAAGAUUCUGGUUAAUUUUAACAAGUGUAUUCACAUCAUACAUAAACUGUUGCAUAAUACUGUGAGAUUUAAAAAAAUGUUGAACUCAGAUAUGGACAAAACUGUAAUUAAUAAGAGUUUAAUUGCUGUUAAAGAACAUGGUGUGCUAUUUGAAUGGGAAAAUGUUACAUAUUGGGUUGUUGGACGACUAUAUACGACUCCCCAUCCAAAGGAGUUAUACAUAUGUUAUCAAGAUUCUGCGCCACAAAAUUUAAUUGAAGUGGCAUUCAAGUUACAUUCGUUGCAUUCGUUAACAUGAAA